UUUGGCCGUUGCUUCACCAAAUCCACAAUAAAAAUCUUGAGGACAAGGAGCAAGAUGGCGACGACCGCUUCCAACCAUGAUGGAGGUUGUGCAGUAGACAUUCGUGUUUUCCUGCUGACGCUCGUCCUUUCGAUUUUUGCUGCUUUCUUUGCAGGAGUUUCCUGCGUCCCGCCUCUGUUUGUGGUCGCUUCGUUGUCAUCCCUUGCCGACAAAACCAAUGAUGUUAGUCGAAAACUUGUGCCUCCAUCCGCAUCACCAUCGGACUUGUCAAGUUCCAAUUUUUUGUCGUCCUUGGAUCAUUCUCCUUCUGGACAGCAUGUACUGGUUGAUAUCCAAGGAAUUGAGGCUGCUUUCCUCGACUCUGAGGAGAGACUGGCUGCCGCCAUGGUGCAAACGGUUGAGGAAGCAGGCCUUACUAUGCUUAGCUACCAUUGCCAUAAGUUGGAUCCUGCAGGUAUUUCUUGUGUGGGUGUCUUGUUGGAGAGUCAUAUCAGCUUUCACACUUGGCCUGAAGAGGGAGUUAUUACGCUGGAUCUUUUUACAUGUGGAGCCAAUCCCUUGCUUCCAGUGAUACCAGUCAUUGAACGUCUCUUUGGUAUUGGAGAAACAAUCAACACAAGGUGGGCUCAUGAACUGAGAGGCUUUCGGUCUAUGGAAGAAAAGAAAAAGAAUUACUUGGACUCCUUCAGUGAUCUCUCCCUCUGGAUCUUGAGUCCGAUUGAGAUCCACAAGAAGCAGAUGAUCUACAGCAACCUCACAAGAUACCAGCGAGUCGACAUUUGGGAUCUGACCGAACCAGAAAACGAACCAACUUACUACGAUGGACUCAAACACAACCUCAAGGAUGGGGACCCUCGUUGGAAGGACAGAGACUACUACACCCCAGAUCGAGCACUUUUUCUGGAUGGAGUCUUACAGAGCCUUUAUUCUCAUGCAUCUGAUUACCAUGAGGCACUUGUUCACCCAGCAAUGUUUGCCCAUCCAAGUCCAGUGCACGUGGGAAUCAUUGGAGGUGGAGAGGGAGCUACACUACGAGAGGUAUUGAAGCACAAGACAGUGGACCAUGUGACAAUGAUUGAAAUUGAUUCAGAGCUGAUACAAAUUGCCCGUGAUUACCUUCCUGAAAUGUCUGAUUGUGGCAACCUUGUGGGACGGGCUGAAAACUGUUUUGAUGAUGAAAUUGUUGAGAUGAUUGUGAAUGAGAAUGGCGUACAGUGGUUUGUGGAUCGCUACAGCCCUGGUGCAACCAAAACAGCACACCAUGGCGCCUUCGAUGUAAUCAUUAUUGAUGCUCUUGAUCCGGAGGAUGAUGUACCCUUCACUACUGACCUCUAUGUGGAUGAUGUCUUUGUGUCCUCCAUUAUGAAGAGUCUUUCAUAUGAUGGUGUAAUCAUGAUCCAGAUUGGCACUGCACCGGAGCUGUUGGAUCCAAAGGCGGACAUUGGAAUCUACCAAAUCAGAGAGAAGCUACUCAACCUUUUUGAGGACCAUCCUGAUGUGGCUGCAAUGCAUGUCUAUGAGGAGCCACGCAGCGGUUACCUUGAGCCACAUGCAUUCAUGGUUGUUUGCAAACAUGUAAGCUGCAGAAGUAGAUGGUAUGCCAGAUCCGAUGCAAUUGACUAUGAAAUCUUUGAUCGAACAAUCAAAACAAAAUCAGGAGAAGGAGCUUUGAAGUACUUUGAUGGCAUUACACAACAUUCCUACCAAUCACCUCCCAUGUCAUGGGAAGCUGUGUAUUGCCGUCGUGAACCAACUCCGUCCGAAUGCGCCUAUCGUUCCCUAGACUUCACGAAGGAUACUUACGAAAUUGACCUAAAGGACGAAAGCAAAAGCUCGUUUAAGGUGGAAUUGGCCGCAACUGAUGCUGGUGUGGUGACACGAUCAUCAGUGUUUGCAGCAAUUGAUAUUCCAAAGGGGUCGUUCAUCAUGCCAGGGGACUCCGCGAAAUCAUUAACUGUAAGUGUCCAAAACAUCGAGGACAUCAAAAAACGCGCGGAAAAUGGUGUAGCCGGAUUCGAAGAUUUUGUCGGCUACUUGGAAAACCAUGCAAACCCAGCGAGAACAGAAGGAUCCGACAUCAGUUUUGUGGAGGUGGGAGGUACAACGUUGAUUCGAGUUGUUGACGAGGAAUCUGAUGCAAAUGUUGGACGAUGGGCACCCGCGCACCCCAGCGGGAAACGCCCAGCAUACUCACCCGUGUAUGAUCGACAUCGAGUGAGCUUCGACGUCUUCUUGGUUGCAACUCAAGACAUUCAAGCGGGAGCAGAGCUGUUGCGAUUCCAUUCGUGA